CGCUACUACCCGCGCAUGCGCAGUUGAGAAAGAAGCAACAACCGGCGGAUGUUUUGAACGUUGACGGUUAGGAACAUUCAAUCACAAUGACAAGUAGGAAAAGGAAGUCUUUGUCUUCUAUACUGAAGGCCCAGUCCCCAUCUAGAACUGCAUUAUUGGAUUUGAAGCCAAACCUGAAUGGACCAUCAAGUGAUGAAACAACACAAUUGGAUGUUCCCCACAGGAUAGAGAAAAAGAAGCGCAGGUCUUCCAGGAGAGUGAGUUUUGCAGAGGCCUACCAAGUCAAAGAAUUUAUGAAAGAUUCUGACAGAAAAGAGUUAGGCUUGUGGGACGAUUCUCAAGACGGCACAACACAUCAGGAAUUACCUGACCUUGAAAAAGCCAACAAUCCAUCUGAUCAUGCUGGACCCAGUCAUAUUCAUCUUGAUCCAGCUCAUCAAAUUACAGGUUUGGAGACUCUCUUGUCUGGACCCAUCAAACAGGAAGCACAUUCAAUGACCUUAACCGGGCAAGAUCCUAAUGGAGCAUCUCACACCAAUGUACAAAGUACAAGUUCUGCUGAGAACUUCCGUCAGUAUCCUCAAAGCGCUAACCUAGACCAAAGGAAGAAUGAUGUGAAUGAAACAAGUGUGAAAAGCAGUUUCCUGAAAUCUUUCAUUGCUGCAGAUUCAUGUGGGAGUAAAGGUAGUUUUUCAACGGACCUAGAUGCUUUUGCAGCACCUGCCUUUCAGUCUUACCCACCAAACUCUGGACAACAACAACAAGGUGGUCAAGAAGACCCACCUCAAGAGUCCAGCUUCAAGAGUAGCUUCUUGCAGGCAUUUGUGUCUGCAGGACCAUCCUCCUCUAGCUCUGAAGCCGCGGGAUCAAUAGAAGCCAACAGUGAGCAGCAGAAUGCAGAUCCUGGUAUGGAGCUCACAAAUUGUUUCUACUCCAGCGAAGUUACAAAUAAAUAUGAAGGACAGGAAGAAAAAGUUGGAGAUAUCACAAGAAUAUUUGGAGGACAAGGAGAUGGAUUUGAAAAUGAAAAUGGUAUGGAUAUGACCACUUGCAUGGGAGGCUUUGGUGCCAGUUCAGUGGAGGACUUCCUGCAGAUGUUCUUCAAGUUCAAUGACCUUCCUAUAGGAAAGCGCAGUAUCAUGUGCCCCUCCAAGAUCAAUGAGCCUACAACACUGAGCAGCCAGUUGGAGAAUGCAUGCCUCGUGAAGCCUAAAGCAGACAUGUAUGAAUGGGCCAUCAAAUUCUUCACACCAGCUGUAGAGGAGCUUAGGAAUUCAGUGAGAUCCCAAGAUACUGAACAAUUGAAGGAGGGUGCUCCCAUCAUCAAGGAAAUGCAGUCUGCUGAUCCUAAAAGGUGUGCUGAGAUCCUGAAGAAGGGCAAGAGUCUGCAGAAGUAUUGCACAGCGUCAUCUAAAGCCAAGAUGAAAGAAUGGAGACUGCAGAUGAUCAACAAUACCAAGGCGGCCAUGGAGGAUUCAAGCCGCCAUCUUGAAAACAAGCUUGCCGAGUUGACAAGUUCAAUAUGUACAAUUGAUGAGCAGUUGCAGCAAUUAGCCUCUGUGGAUAGUGCCUUAGAUGAUGCUAUCAACAGCUUAGAACAGAUCAAACUACCUACUGAGGAAGAGAAAUCUGAAUGGGUUGCAAACUCACAGGGACUGGAAUCCAUGGAAACAAAACUAAGAGAAGAGGAAUGCACAGUACAAGAGACUGAAAGUGAAAGAAAACGGUUAGAAGCAGAGAUAAAUAGCAUAGAGGCAAGCACAACCAAGCUGGAGGCAGAGCGAGAAGAACUGAGUAAACCUGGAACUGGAAUCAGCCAAACAGACCUGGAGCUAAAGAACAUGAAAUCAGACAUCGUCCUCCUCCACAGCUUUCAAGAAUGGAGACUACAAGCUUUCCUUGAGAACAACUACAAUUUUUCAUUCUUAAACAAAUCAAUCCUACUCAACAUACAGUUUGGUGACACAGAAAGUGGUGCCAAGUUGAAUGAUCUCACAUUACGUAGUGUGCUUGCAGAUGAUGCCUGUAGCUCAGCCAAACUAGCCCAUUCACUCUUCUUCAGCAGUGUAAGUGCAGACAAGUUGAAGACACUCUAUCCUACCUUAGCUGCCCUUCCGCAGAUGAUGCAGCAUCUUUCAGAGUUGGCUGGUCAGGUUGCUAGAGGCUGAGGUCAGUAGAAUAGAUUUCUGGCAUCCAGUUACUACAGCACAGAACAGACUAUCCAUUGAGUUUUCCAGCAUUGAAGCCCAUUCUACGUUCUGCAUUCACCUGGACAUUGUACCAGGCCAGUAUCCAUUGACAGCCAUUCCACACAGCUGUGU